CAGGAAAGCUGGAGCCAGAGGGAAUGGUCCCUGAGAACCGCAGAGCCCCAGCCCAGGAAACCUUUAACUGUGGGGCAGAAGACCUUCAACUUCAACAAAUCAGAGGCAUCUUGAUGUAGAAAACAAAGAAGUUUUAAUUUGCAAGACCUUGGGAGAUUUGAGCAUCUCCCCAGCCACCUAAGGUGGUCUGGCAGUGAAGAGAGCUAUCCCCCUGUCCAGGAAAAGAAGGGAAACACAUUUGAUUCAUUGUAAUCAUCCUCCAGCAAUAGCCUGCAAAGGACCAAGGCCUGGACCAAGGAGAGAGCCUGCAGCCAGAAAGAAUGGCUUUUGAGAGCCAAAACCCCCCAACCCAGGAGUUGGUGACCUUCAAGGAUGUAGCUGUGGACUUCAGCCCUGAGGAGUGGGGUCUGUUGAACCCGGAUCAGAAAGAGCUGCACAAGGAGGUCAUGCUGGAGAAUGCUGCGAACUUGCUCUCCCUGGGACUUCCAGUUCCCAGAGAAGAUUUCUUCUCCCAUGUGGAGAGAGGAGGCCUGAGGAACUCCUGUCCUGAUGCAGAGACACAGUUUGAUAGGAAGGAGAUGAGUGCAAACCUGAAAAUGAUCUCAUGGAAUGACCUUUUUCAAUAUCGUAAAUACAGAGCUGUUUUUGCCAACCACAAAAGAAAGCACAUUGGAGAGAAACAUUGUGAAUGGACUAAACACAAAAAAGCUUUAAGAAAGAGUUCCAGUGUUGCUAAAGAUAAGAAUACACAUCCUCAAGAGAAAACAUCUGAGUGUCAUGAAUGUGAUGAAACUUUUCUUGAACUCUCUUUCCUUGCCAAGCAUCAGAGAAUCCAUGCUGGAGAGAAACCUUAUGAGUGUAAGAAACAUGAAAAGACUGUGAAAGAGCAGUCUACUUCGGCUAAACAUGAGAGAAUUCACACAGAAAAACAGUCUUACAAAUGUAAUCAGUGUGGAAAGGAUUUCCAUUGUUAUUCCAAAUUUUCAAAACAUCAGAGAACCCACAAUAUAGAGAAACCUUAUGAAUGUAAUCAGUGUGGAAAGGUUUUCACACAGCUUUCUGGGCUUGCUAUCCAUUGCAGAAUGCACACUGGAGAGAAAGCUUAUGAAUGUGGUGAAUGUGGAAAGGCUUUCAUAUACAGCAAGAAUUUUGUAAAACAUCAAAGAAUCCACACUGAAAAGAAACAUUAUAAAUGUAAAGAAUGUGGAAAGACUUUCACAUAUCGCUCCCAUCUUGCUAUGCAUCAGAGAAUCCACACUGGAGAAAAACCUUAUGAGUGUAAUGAAUGUGGAAAAGCUUUCACAAAACGCUCCUACCUUGAUGCACAUCAGAGAAUGCACAAUGGAGAGAAACCUUAUGAAUGCAAUCAAUGUGGAAAGGCUUUCAUACAGAGCUCCAAUCUCCGUGAGCAUCAGAUAAUCCACACUAAAGAGAAACCUUAUGAAUGUAAGGAAUGUGGAAUGGCUUUCAUACAGCACUCCAAACUUGCUAGCCAUCAGAGAAUCCACAGCGGAGAGAAGCCUUAUAAAUGUAAUGAAUGUGGAAAGGCUUUCACUCAGAGGGCCAAACUUGCUUAUCAUAUGAGAACCCACACUGGAGAGAAGCCAUAUGAAUGUAAACAAUGUGGAAAGGCUUUCUCAUAUUGCUCCGAUCUUCGUGAACAUCAGAGAACGCACACUGGAGAGAAGCCUUAUGAAUGUAAGCAAUGUGGAAAGGCUUUCACACAGCGUUCUAGUCUUGCUGUCCAUUGGAGAAUCCACACUGGAGAGAAGCCUUAUGAAUGUAAUGAAUGUGGGAAAGCUUUCACACGGCGGUCUGAUCUUGGUAGACAUCAGAAAAUCCACAUGGGACAGAAAUCUCAUGAAGGAAUGGGGGAGUUGGUGACCUUCAAGGAUGUGGCUGUGGACUUCAGCCCAGAGGAGUGGGGUCUGUUGAACCCGGAUCAGAAAGAGCUGCACAAGGAGGUCAUGCUGGAGAAUGCCGAGAACUUGCUCUCCCUGGGACUUCCAGUUCCCAGAGAAGAUUUCAUCUCCCAUGUGGAGAGAGGUGGCCUGAGGAACUCCUGUCCUGAUGCAGAGACACAAUUUGACAUGAAGGAGAUGAGUAGAAAUCUGAAAAUGAUCUCAUGGAAAGAGCUUUUUCAAUAUCAUGAAUACAGGGCUGUUCUUGGUGAGCACAAAAGAAACCACACUGGAGAGGAACAGUGUGAAUGGAAUAGACACCAAAAAGCUUUAAAAAAGAGUUCCAGUAUUCCUAAAGAUAAACAUAUACACAUUGAAGAGAAAACACCUCAGUGUUAUGAAUGUAAUAAAGCUUUUCUUGUACUCUCUUCCCUUGCCAAGCACCAGAGAAUCCCUGCUGGAGAGAAACCUUAUGAAUGUAAGAAACAUGGAAAGACUUUGAGAGAGCAAUCUCCUCCUGCUAAACAUGAGAGAAUUCACACAGAAAAACAAUCUUAUAUAUGUAAUCAAUGUGGAAAGGAUUUCCAGUAUUAUUCCAAAUUGGCUCAACAUCAGAGAAUCCACACUGGAGACAAGCCUUAUGAAUGUAAGCAAUGUGGAAAGGCUUUUACAAAGCGCUACUACCUUGAUGCACACCAGAGAAUCCACACUGGAGAGAAGCCUUAUGAAUGUAAUGAAUGUGGAAAAGCUUUCAUUCAGAGCUCCAGUCUUCUUGAACAUCAGAGAAUCCACACUGGCGAGAAGCCUUAUGAAUGUAAUCAGUGUGGAAAGACUUUUAUACGGAGUUACAGUCUUCUUGAACAUCAGAGAAUCCACACUGGAGAGAAGCCUUAUGAAUGUAAUCAAUGUGGAAAGACUUUCACACAGAGUUCCAGUCUUGCUAAACAUCAGAGAAUCCACACUGGAGAGAAGCCUUAUAAAUGUAAUGAAUGUGGAAAGGCUUUCACAUAUCGCUCCUACCUUGAUGCACAUCAGAGAAUCCACACUGGAGAGAAGCCAUAUGAAUGUAAUGAAUGUAGAAAGACUUUCAUAUAUCGCUCCCAUCUUGCUGUCCAUCAGAGAAUCCACACUGGAGAGAAGCCUUAUGAAUGUAAUGAAUGUGGAAAGACUUUCACAUAUCGUUCCAGUCUUGCUAUUCAUCAGAGAAUGCACACUGGAGAGAAGCCUUAUGAAUGUAAUGACUGUGGAAAGGCUUUUACACGGCGCAACAGUCUUGGUAAACAUGAGAAAAUCCACAUUGUACAGAAAUCUCAUGUGGAAACCUUCAGACAAAGCUCAAAUGUUGCUUAACAACAGAGAGUGAACAUUAGAAAAAAACUUUUGAGUGUCUGGAUCAUGGUAAAGUUUUUGAUAUAUAUUAGUCCCUGACUAGACUUGGGAGAUGCCAUGCUAGAUGUAAAACCUCAUUCAUAUAAUCCACAUGAAUUGCCUCCCGAAAAUUCCUAGAUGAUUGAAAUCAUGGAUAAAGGCAUAAAGAUAUAGAACAGAGCUUGUCAGUUAGCAGGGAUUUUCUGCUUGGGAACAAAUCUAUGGACUUGGCAUGGGAAAGUCUUUAGCCCAGGUUCAUCUCUGAGUUUUCAUCUGAGGAUACCGAAUGGAGAAAAUUAUAAAUGUGCUGAAUGAAGACUUGCCCUUAUCUGGAAGAUAAGGAUCACUAUAAAUCACAAGUUUCGCACUGGAAAGAAACAUUAUUAAAAAUGUAUUUAUAGAAAAGCUUUCAUCUGGAUCUCAUCCUUUGUGUAGAAAUCUUGCUGCAGAUGAAAUAUGUGAAUAUAAUGAAUGAGGGAAGGCCUCUUCCUACAGCACAGAUCUCAUUAGACAUUAAAAUUUUAUACUGUGUAUAAAGUCUGAAAAUAGAUUGAGUUUUUCUCUGAAAUCCCAUGAUUGGUGUCCAAAGAAGGGUUUUUAUAAUGGGGGAAACUAAUUGUUUUACUUUCUUUUCUCAAUCAACAAUGAGUAAGAGAUUUUUAAAUCUGAUUUUAAAUUGUUUUUAUUAAUUUUCCUGUUCAUUCUCUUGUUUAUUCCUAAAUUAUUUGGCUUCCAUCUGUUUGAUAAGUAAUAUGUUCCAAGUUCUAAUUUUCCUUUUAAAAUAUCUGUAAAUAUGGCUUAGGUCUCCAUUUUGACCUUGUUAAAUUGUAUCGAGUGGGUUUGAGAACAAGUGAGACCUUUUUCAGAACACUUACCCCAGAAGAGUGCAGUAGUUAAGGCUACACUUUCAGAAACUCUCCUCCUUGUACCCUUGCUUAGUCUUGCAUGAACCACUUUGCCACAUCAGCAAGCUUUGUAAUAUAUAGUUACUGUUCUUAAGUGGAGUGGGUUCCUAUGACACAUUGUGAGCCCUGAUACAAAGUCAGGGAGAGCUGGAGUCCACUAUGUGGUAAAGUUGCUCAGUUCAGAGUAUUAAAAUUCCUGCUCUGAUACUUGCACUUUGCCUCCCUUUGCUAGACUGCACCAUUUGAAGUGAUGCCCUAUUCCUGCAGAAAUGAAAUCAACUGCUUUCUGCUCUGACUCUGAGAAAUAUCUGUUUGAAUUAUUUGGGGUUGGUGAUCAUUGUCCCACAUGAUGUGAGAUAUCAUAUAAAUUAUUAUCUUGAAUUUGACAAAUUUAAAAAGUAAAGAUGU